CUUGAUACUUUCCCAAUGUAUCCAAUUGCAACCGUCUCUUCUCCUUUUACAGUUAGAGUCGUUAACAGUAGCUCUCCGGUUCCUCGAAUGACUAAUACAGCGAUCGUUAGAAAUUCGGUGCGGGUCGUGGCUGCGUCUGUUAAGUGUGCCUACGCCGCGGAGAACAAGGUGGCGGGACACUUGUACGAGAUUCUUCGGGUGGAGAGAACGGCGACGUUCAAUGAGAUCAAGACGGCAUACCGGAGCUUGGCCAAGGUUUUCCAUCCAGACGCGACGGGAUCUCCAUCGGACGGCCGUGAUUUCAUAGAGAUACGCAACGCGUACGCAACGUUGUCGGAUCCGACAGCAAGGGCCAUGUAUGAUAUGUCGUUGGUGGGGAAACGUCCGAGGCGGGUCAGGAAUCGGGUUUACCCGACUCGAAGAUGGGAAACUGAUCAGUGCUGGUAGAACAUUGACAUUUGACAGAGGAAUCUGUUUCUGCCACAAACCCUUUUUUUUUUCUUUUUA